ACCGUACAGUUAAUAACUACAGAAUAUCAUAGUAACAUAUUUCCCUUUUAACGCUUUAGACAAUUUGUAAAACUCUUUUAAUUUUUGUUAACAAAAAAUAAGAUAUCUUUUAAGGGAUUACAGUAUGACUUCGGAAGUGCUCAACCAAAAUGAGAUACAAUUAGUGAGAAAUAGUUGGGAGACUAUUAAGAAAGAUGGAAAAAACUUUGGUAAUCAGCUCUUCAUUGACUUCUUCGCCAAAUACCCAUCAUAUCAGCAAUACUUUAAGUCAUUGGCAAACAUCCCAUUAAGCGAAUUGAGUUCAAGUAAACGAUUAUUAGCGCACACGACAGGCGUUAUGUAUGCCAUCACUGCACUCAUCGACAACUUAGACGACACGGAAGUGCUCAUUGAGAUGCUGGUCAAGACCGGACACAACCAUUUCCGGCGCAAACUUAAUAUACAAAUGUUUAAUGAGUUGGGAGUCGUCUUCAUCGACCUCUUGAGGGCCACAUUAGGCGCUCACGUAUUGGACGGACAACUAUUGAACGCCUGGAUUGUGUCGGCCAUCGGUGCUCAUGAGUACGACCAGUCGACGGAUGGACAGCCGCCCGACCCCUACCGACGCAUUGAGUUCGUGUCCCAACACAUGAAGCUAUGGCUGCAAUCGAUGGUCAAAGAGGAGUUGGGCCCGCCCGACCCCUACCGACGCAUUGAGUUCGUGUCCCAACACAUGAAGCUAUGGCUGCAAUCGAUGGUCAAAGAGGAGUUGGGCGUCACUCACGUCCAGCACAUCUACGAUACGCUCAAUACAGUCACUCACGACAUCCAUUUCGAUGAUAUCGUGCUCGACAUCACACAAAAGAUGACGAAGAAGUUGGAGGACUUGUCGGCCGUAUUGGAGGAGACAUCAGAGCGCGUGAAAGAGCUCUUUCAGGUGUAUCUGAAUAGCGAUGAAAUGAAGACAUUGCGGACGUGUUGUGAUCAGCGGUUGUAUGCAGUCAUGCAAUUUGAUCCGCACUUCAACACACAGGUGACGAGAGCCACGUCUUGUGAUACGGCGCCCAACGUGUUGUCUGACGGCUCUAAUUUCGCCCCGGGAAUCAAUUUGACGGAACAGUUGCGAUCCAAUCUCGACAACUGGCCCAACAUUAAGUGGCAGUACUUCAUGUCCGUUUGGGGCGUUCACACCGAAUACCCGGCUUAUAUGCCGCUGCCUAACAGUUGCCAUUUCAAUCAAGACAUCAACGAUAUCAAUGCCAUUCCCACUCGUAUGCAAUAUGAUGUCCCAAACGAUGAAUCACUUCAGAGACACCGGGAUAUCUAUUUGGCGACAGUUCUGCCUCAACCCAAGCAUAUAAUGCUGAUCAUAGACAGGGGGUCUGCCAUCACUGCCCAUCAGCUAUCAAUAGCCAAAGCCUUAGCCAAAUACAUACUGAACUCACUCUCACAUAACGAUAAAAUCGGAUUAAUAUCGCUCUCCAGUGAUACCAAUUACCCGAACAGUGAUUCAUGUCUUACGAAGCGUAUGGCAAAUGCCAACUAUGAGACCAAAUAUCACUUCCAAAGGUUUAUCGAUGGUCUGCAGCGAACCAAUGAGAAUACUAACCAUGUGGGAGGUCUGAAGAAGGCUUUCGAAAUGAUUGCCAACACCUUCCAAGACAAUGGCAAUGAACUAAACCAAAGUCCUUCGGAAGCGCUGAUUGUGUACAUAAGUCGCGGCCUAUUGUCGGCUCUGACUGACGCCCGAGUUGUGAUGGAACUGAUAGCUAAAGAGAUAAACAAUAGCUAUGAGAAUAACUACUCGUUUGCCAUAAAUUCUUAUGCACUGAUAGACGACACCAAACCCGUUAUGUAUGAAAUGGAUUUUCUUCGAGAGAUCGCAGAAAUGAAUUUUCCGAAGUUUAAUGUCUUAUCUCCCGAUCCCACGAGAAUAACGCCGGGAAUUAUGGUCGCCGUUAACUCGACCGAGAACUUGAGUUUCACGUUAAGUGGCAUUUAUUCAGUGCUCACACGACCCACACAUUCAUCUAUUUAUAUAUCACUUCCCUAUUGGGAUAUCAUCAGCAAAGAUGUACACAUUUCUGUGAGUAAGUCAGUCAUACAUAGGGGACAAUUGAUAGGAGUGGUGGGUCUGGACAUAUCGCUGUCCGACCUGUCCGAAGACAUAAUACAUUACGACGUGUCCCACGACUCGUACGCUUUCCUGAUUGAGAAAAAUGAAGGCAUAGCUAUACAUCACCCGUCGUUCAGUCCUCCAUCGCAACAAACCCACGAACAGCUCAUCCAUACAGACAUCUCACAUAUCGAACAAAAGCCGGGCUUCCAAUCGAUUAAGAACUUAAUACUGACGACCACUAAGGGAAUGGAGACCAUAGAAGUGGACCACCAGAACAAAACCCAAUUAACUUACUAUUGGCGUCGAGUGCACGCCUCGCCAUACAUUGUAGUGAUUGCUUCGUAUAACACGUUUGAUCGCAAACAUACCAUAACCUCCCCUCUGGCCAAAGACGCACACUUUGCAUAUCAUCGCUUGGAUUUGAACGGAAGUCCUCCGCGACUCUGUCGGCAUUUGAAACAAUUGGCGACAAUUGAAACGGCUACUCUUUUCCUGUCUUCCAAAGCAUUUUUAUCUCCGUUUGCGAACGACAUGCAGGAGGAGACCACUCAUAUUGUGCAGAGAUAUAUGGCUUAUCUCAACGACAACACUAAACUCAUCGCUAACCCAGGAUUGAAGAGCACAGUGAGGGGUGAGGUUCACGCCGUCACUCGUGUGAUCCCGUUCUGGAAGUCCAAACUGGACUCGAGUGAAAUGACUAAGUUUAUCGUCAGGAAGUAUAUCACGACACCCAAUGGAGUCUUCCUUCUAUAUCCCGGUGCUCUCAUCGAUAAGUCCUUUGAUCCAACCCGAAGGGAAUGGUAUUUGAAGGCUGUUAAGAACACAGGAAAGGUUGUGUUUACGGCUCCGUACCUGGAUGUAGGCGGCGCCGGCUAUAUAGUUACCCUCAGCCACACUAUUCACGCACCCAAUGCCCAGCCAAACGAGCGCUCAUCCAAUAUAGUGGCCGUUAUUGCCAUGGAUUUCACUUUAGGUUACUUCCAUAAGUUCCUGCAGACACACAUGGGCUCGCUUUGUAGGGCUGACCAAAUCGCAUGCUUUAUUAUGGACGAUAGGGGUUACCUCAUCGCACAUCCAUCACUCGUUGAGCCCAUACAGUUGGCGCCUAUAGAGCAGCAACAUAUCACACAUAAGGAGCCAUUAGUGGCCAACGAUUUACUGCAUCACAACGCCUUCGUCCAGAAGAAUGUCUGCAAUAGUUUUGUCGACCGAACGAUUCAACGCUUCUAUAAUUUCAAUACGAGCCUUACGGGUGUUCUCACGAAUCCGAUCCAUGACUGCGGGAAAUACUACAUCACAUCCGUCUCUGAGACCAAUGUCUUCAUUGGUGUUGUAAACCAUACGUGCGAUUCAAUGACGGCUUUCUGUCCCUGUUCUAUGACGGAUCGUUUGUGUCUAAACUGUCACCGAAUGGAGCAAACAGACUGUGAGUGUCCCUGUGAAUGUCCUCUCGAAAUGAAUCUCUGCACCGGACAGCUGUUUGAUGAGGAGGACCACAAUCCCAGUUGCCCUCCAGUUCCAGAGCCUAUAAGACCCGCGCCAGUAAUGAGACAUACAUUGGAUUCAAUAAAAAGUUGUUUUGAGAUGAGUUGCUUCGAUAAGAAGAGCGAAAACGACUGUUUGGGUCUAUUGGGGUGCGAAUGGUGUCAAUUGGACCGCAACGGGGAAACGCCGCUUAAGAACCCGUAUUGCAAUUAUCAAAGUCGAUGCUUUGGUGGCAUUUUGGGCGCCAAAACUCCAUACGCCGAUGAAAUGUCGGACAUGAUGUCAGCCCACGACGACUAUAUGCCGAUGGGAAGCGCACCGGUGGGUCCAGUGGCCGGCGGUAUUAUGAUUUGCUUUGUGGUGUUAGCGCUAUCGGUGUACUGCUAUCGAUACCACUCUACACGUCACGGCCCGCACUAUAUCACGUCGAUUGCCGAGAAUGGUGUGAAUCACUCGCACUUCGACAAUGAGUACGACGACAACGAACCACAGGAGGAGAUAACGCCGGCCAUCGCUCCGACCAAUGCGGUCGUGUUGGCCAGCUUUGAGAACGCGGCCCACGUGUCCCCCUAUCGCAUAAACCAGGCCUACCGGCGCCCGGGCGGCGACUCUGACCACGGCUACUCGACAAUGACACAGCACGAGGACUCUGAACUGGCCGGACCCACAUAUACGGAGCCAUUACUUGUCGGCAGAGACAAGACUCGCCUCUUGAACACGAGCUCACAAUCCGAUGCAACCAACUCUUCGCGUACUUCCUCGCCAUCACUGGUCGGACAGACGAUACUCAAGAACUCGAAACCUAUGCCCACAACUAUACUAGAAGUGCCUAAUAACGUGUUGGCUCAGGUACAGGUGCACACCGUUGACACCCAUUGA